UUGUCCUUUAAUUGCCGCACAUACGGCAGUAUUCAUGGACCUGCUGAUGGAUAUGUCGGGCAGGCCCCUUUGGAUGCCGAAAGUCCCCGGGGAGCGCUUGGGCGGGGCAGUGGCACAGGGUGUCUUGGCCUCUUCUUCGGGCCGGCUGCUCACUGUGGGUGGGAACCUCACUUGGUGACUACUCGAGCCCUACUUAGGGAAUGGGUUCCUGAUGGAUGUGGAGGCGCAGACGCUCCCCAGGUCCCCCACGUGCCAAGUGGGGAGCUAGUCACUGCCUCACAGGGCCUUCCAGAACCUUCUUUCCACGGUCGUGUCACACACCUGUAAUCUCAGCGUUCAAGAGAUGGAGGCAGAGUUGCUUGAGUUGGAGAUUCCAUGGGGAGGGAUAUGAGGAAGGCUAUGAAGAAGGCAGUAGCUUGGGAAUCCUUGAAGGAAGGCAGUAUGGCACGGUGCACGGAGCCAAGAUUGGAUCUGAGAUUGGGUGCUACCGGGGUUUUGCUCUUGCAUGGAAAUGUCUCCUACAUGGUGGCGCUGGUGACAAAGACAGCAGGAAGAUGAAGGUGGUGGAGGCACUGAUCACCCUGCUGCAGCACUUCCCCUAUGAUGAUCCCACUUACGAGAAGCUCCAUGAAGACCUGGACAGAAUCAGAGGGAAGUUCCGGCAGCUGUGCUCACUGCUCAACGUGCAGCCAGACUUCAAGGUGAGCACAGGAGGCUCUGGACUUGCAUUCUGAGGACUCAUAGAAGAGCACUGAACAUCAAGAGUGAUUAAAGGCGAACCUGACGCACCCAUUGUUCUGUGGAAGGACCAGUUUGGCCUCUUCCCUGGGGCUCUGCUGGGGUGGUUUGCAGAGGUCUGACCUCCCUGCCUUCUGCACAGUGGCAGUACACUCAAGAGACUGCUUGCCACUGGCCAGAGUGAGUGGCUUUGUCAUUCCAGAGGUCUUGGGUAGGGUCACUCUGAAGGUGGGACUUAGAGAGAGGCAGGCUGAUGUGAAGUUGGCUAAUGGGAAGCUAUGGCAGGUUCUUUGCUGUCCACUGAGCCUCUGCUGGCCACACCUGGGCUUCCUGUGUCUCACUCCAUCCCUCUGGCAGCCCCAGAGGUGAAUAUAUUCUGGAUUAAGAGAUGAUGAAAUAGAACCAUUUAGUCUAAGGGUCUGGCAGCAGAGCUGGCUGCCAUGCCAGAUCUGUGACCAAAAAUGCCACAUGGUGCCUCUGCCUCCAGCAUGGGCCCUCAUUGCAGUGUGCACAGAUUCCUGCAGUGUGCACAGGACUUGGGCUCCAUUGGACUUGGUUUGCCUCUGGAUGCCCAGCUGAGAACACAGGGCCAGCCUGCUCCCAAGGAGCAGCUGAGGCAUGGCCUUCAUGCUGCCCCCAAACAGGUGUGGGAUGAGCUCUAAACGCUAAGAAGUGACAAUAGAACCAGGUGGUGGUACUGCACAACUUUAAUCCCAGCACUCAGGAGGCAGAAGCAGGCAGAUCUAUGAGUUUGAGGCCAGCUUGGUCUAUAGAGUGAGUUCCAGGACAGCCAGGGCUAUACAGAGAAACCAUGCCUCAAAAACAAACAAAAAGUGGCAGUGGGGGAGCUACUGGGAACCAAAGCAGGGCUAGAGAGUGGUCGCCACUGUGAGCGUCUAGGGUCUUGCCUGGCUGACACUACUUCCUUUUACAGCGGCUUGUGUGUCUUUUAUGGCAUUUACAGGCAGGUGUAAGGUGAGCUGGCAGGGGAGGACAGGUGUGGACACACAUGACAGCAGGUGUUGCUACGCCCUCUUGGGUGGCCGCAUUGUGCCCUGGCUGUCCCUACUUCAGUUCCAGAGCAUGAUGUGAAGAGGUCACUGUGGAUGCAUGCCACGUGGAGUUUGGGGUUAUUAUUAUUAUUAUUAUUAUUAAUUUUAAAUUUUAGAGACAUUCUCAGGAAGCUGUCCUCAAAGGGUGAUCCUCCUGCCCCAGCCUUCUGAGUGCUGGGGUCUCAGGCCUGUGGCCCUAGGACACUGUUUUUAACAUCAUUUCACAGCAUCUUUGUACAGCUGGAGCCCUUUCCUCUGUCCAUCAGUCCAGCCGAGCCAGAGGGAGGAAUGGUGCUGGUGCCUGAGGGUCACGGCAUCAAGCAUCUGGCUUCCUGAGCCUGGUGGUGGCCUCUCAGAUGUCUAGCACCAUUCUUCCAGCUGCUCCCAGGAUCAGGUGCUCUUCAGUGUGCUUCUCUGGGUACUGAGCUCACAGGGCUGUGGCUGCUGUUUUGAUCAUAUUUUACUUUUCUAUUUGGAGAAAAGAAUAAAUAGGGCAUUUUAAAGGAAUAGUCUGUCUGGGAUCUUUUGUACUGACAGCUGCUGCAGUCCUCCAGUAAGUGUCAAGAUGGUGAGGUAUCAAGGUGUGGGUGUGCUGUGCUUGUCGCAUCCUGCUUGGAUUUGAUUCCACAGGUAGCAGUCACUGCUUCCUCUCCUCUCUUGCCUGCUCACCUCCUUAACUCCCUUCGUCUCUCCCUCCUAUUCCCCUCAUGUAGUGCACAUCAGGUGUCAGAGCUCCUGCCCAUCAGCAGAGCCGUAGCCGCCUGCCUGAUACCAUCCAUGCUCCUCUACAAGCCUUGACCUCUGCCCACCUGACCUUUUCUCAAGGUCCCCAUCUAGUCCUCCGGGUGCUUUGAUAACCCCAAAAGGUCUUCUGAUUACAGAAUAGACAGAGUGGCCAGGACCAUCUUCUAUGUGGGUAUGUCCCCUCAUCCCACCACUGAGACAGUUGUCUGCUGUGAAAGGUGACACAGUCAUGAGAAGGGUGCUGCCGCCUUUGGAUGCCGUACCAUGAAAAUGACACUUGGAGCUAUCAUAGGCAACUAUAGGGAGCUGUGCUGAAGCCUCACCUGAAGGUGGCGGUCAGGCACCAGUGGAACCUGUGUCCUUGCUAUCACCUCCGAGAUGCUGGCCAGUCCCCUGCCUUCUCAGACCAUGUCCUGUGAGCUAUAAGUGUCCCCACUGGCAGACUGUUUUCUGUCACCCAUCUUCCCUGUUCUGGGUGGCUCUGACAGAGUGACCUACCUAUGACUUCAGCUUUGAUGUCAUCCCGUAUGAUCAUCACUUGAUCACAUGCUGGAAGCGAGGGGUCUGAGGCAGAGGUGUCUGGGCUAGCUCCUUCCAUGUCUUUCUUCUCAGCUUGCUGCCUGCAUGACAGCUUGACAGUAUUAGAAUCACCUAGGAGACACACCUGUAGGCAACACUGUGGAGGCUUAGCUGAGGAGGGAACACCCACCUUGAAUGUGCUGUGUCUCAUGAACUGGGAUCCUGGACUGAAAAGGGAGAAAGCAGGCUGAACACCAGCGUUGCUGUCUCCCUGCUCCCUGACUGAGGGUACGAUAUGGCUGUGGGCCUCGGUCUCCUGUUGCCAUGCCUCUCACCAUGAUAACUGCCACCUUGUAAACUGUGGACAGAAUACCCCCCCAUCCCUUAUCUUGCUUUUUUCCUAACGUUUUGUCACAGCAGUGAGAAAAGUAGUUCAGCAGGGCCUCAGGCCUCCAGAGACACUGUGUGACCCCUAACAGACAAGCCUGUCUGUAGCUGUGGGACUGAGUUCACCCUGAGGCUAAAUACAGAAGGAAAUUUUGUGCAAAGCCAGUGUUAGUAAGGAUUUUUUUUUAAUAUAGAGAUUAUUGCUGGGUGGUGUCAGCCCAUGCCUUUAAUCUCAGCACUCAGGAGGUAAAGGCAGGGGAUCUCUGAAUUUGAGGCCAACCUGGUCUACAGAGAGGUUUCAGGACAGCCAGGACUACACAGAGAAACCCUGUUUUGAAAAACCUAUCUACACACACACUCUCUCUCUAUAUAUAUUGUAUUUUAUGUGUAUGAGGUUUUUAUUUCCGCCACAUGGGGGCAGUGCCUGCAGACAUUAGAAGAGCGCGUCAGGUCCCUUAGAACUGGAGAUAGUACGGUUGUGAGCCACCAUGUGGUGCCUAGGACUGAAGCUGGGGCCCCUGCAAGAGAAGCACUCUUAACUACCUGCCCCUCUCCCCAGCCCUGCUGGUAGUGAAGUCUGGGUUUGUAGAAUUACAGUGUGAGACCAAACACCCCAGAAGCUCUGGCUGAAGCUUGCUCUCAGCUGCACAGUGGCUAAAUGGAGCGACCCACACCCUAGAGACCACAGCUCAUUUCCUCUUUAUUUUGUAUCCAUCCCGAGCCUUUUCCUCCUCUACCUCAAAGUAAGAGGAGGAGGAGGAGGCUGGAAGUUCUGUUUGCCAAGUCCUGACUUUCCUCAUGCCAGUUAAGUCUACAUCUGCAAGACUGCAGAGAGCUCGGGCUGGUGGGGUGACUGCCGGUGGUCGCCAUGAGGACCAGUUCCAGGCUGGACGAAGCACAGCGGGGUGGGAGGAGUUUGUGCCACCUGCUCCAGCCUCGUUUCUUGCUCAUCUGAGCCUGUGGCAGGUCUUCCAUCUAGCAGAUCCAGGAAAACACGGAUUUAUAAAGAAGAAAUCUGUGUCAGAAGGAACAGUGCCUGAAAGGGGUGUCAGAUGUCCCAGGCCCUAUGUGGGCUCUUUCGUGAUAGAUGCCACCUUCUGGGACCCCAGAGGUAGGGGAACACUCAGCUGCCUGAGGAGGUGACUCGGAUGCUUCCUGGAAGGGAGGCUCCCAGGUCAGCUUUGGGGUUCAGCCUGGAGAUGCCCAAAGUGUACUGCCUAGCGGGAUCACCCCACUGUCCGUGACUGUUCCCAGCUUUAUGAACAGGAAUUAGUGUUUAUGUCAGGAAACUGAAGUCACAGGCUGACAGAGAAAAUGAGGUGGUGGGGGAUACCCCACCAGGAGCCAGCCCCCAAAGGUCAGCAGCCAGUGGCUCUGUGUUGUAGCUCACUCCACCACCCUCUUACGACAGCGUAGAGAUGUAGGGUAGGUCUCUGUAGUCACAGAGAUAACCACAUCUAUGGGCGUUGUAAGGGAGAUGACACCCCUUAGGAGGCAGGGUGUGCCCCAGGAUUCCAGCCAUCGCUUCUGCUGGCUGUCCCCAGCAGCAGAGAGCUUAGGAAGUAGAAGGCUGACUGGAAGAGGGGCUCCAACAUGCAGCUCCCAUGAGAUCGUCUUUGUAAAUGGGGCUUUGUGAUGAUGCAGCCGUUUGGAGGUCCCCAUGCUCCCAUAACUCACACCUCUAAACUCAUUGGUUCACCGAGACAGACUUUGGCAGAAUUGCACCUUGGUCUGUCAUCGGGCCCCAUCUCGGGUUUGCUUCACAUCUCCCAAGAGUUAAGGUGACCUCGGGUUAGUGUUCCAGCGGAACGGAAGUCAUUUCCUGCCUUUCUGUGAUCAGCUUCCCAGGGAUGCUUUCCACAAGGCCCUGCCCAACCCUGGGUUGCAGAGCUGGAGUGCCUGCCCCCAUUUUCCCAGCUAUUGCCAGUGGGUUUGUACCCCUGAAACCAGAGCUUCUGAACCCGAGAGCUCAGAGACCUGCUACUAACUAAAGGAGUCUACUUUGGAAUAGGGUCUUAGCCAGCUUGUUCAGCUAGGAGUUUGCUUGUGGUUGAACUUGAGCAGGAAAGGCCUACUCAAGCAUGGCUGGGCCUUUCAUACUUACUAUUAGCUUGAAAGGUUGGGAAGCAAGUGGCUUUAAAAAAAAGGGGGGAAAGGGGACCCUGAGGAGGAGGUCAUGAGAAGCUGCAGCAUUCAGACCUAAGGCGGCUUGCAAACAGAAGGAGUGACAUUAAGGCUUGCCAGGAACCACCAGACAUACACAGCUUUACCCUUUUGCCCCCUGAACAGAGCCCCUGCUGUCUAAACCAUGUCAUUUAUCAUUUGUCAGGGCAAAUGAUACCAACACCAACACCAGUUCCCUCUCCCUGUCAGAGUUGUCCUUUCUCUAUUUCUAGGGUAAAGGAGCUGGACACACAGUCCAGACCCAGCCUGACACUUAGAGCUCCUUCCUGAGAGAUUGACUUAGCUUCCCUAGUCCGCCGCCUCUGCUGGCAGGUGGCAGGAGUGCCACACACGCUUUAGGGAGCAACCAGGAGGCCCUGUCUUGGGUUUCAUGGCUCUGCAUGGGAGUGACGGGGAGGGGUCUGCUAGAGGCAGCUGCCCCACCUCCCCUGAUGUCAGUGUGCACAGCCUUGCCUGCUACUGGGGAGAGAGCUGAUGGUCUCUACACCUUGGUGCGGUCCUCUGCAGCUCUGGGAUGCACACAGGUCCCUGGAAGAGGGACCUGGCUGAGAUCAGAGGCCUCUCCAGGUCUUCCCUGCUUGCUGUGCAUAAGGCAGGGGUAAUCUCGUGCCCAGCUUCUUAAACCAGGGGUCCCAAUUCUGUGUAGGGUCAGCAAAACCCAAUGUAGGGGUCACAAAAAAAAAAUGAGAACAGGAAAAGAUUUCUGAACAUUCAGUGAGUAAGAAGUUAAUUUAAGCAAUCAUAUGUAUUUGUCACGGUGACACAUACCUUUAAUCCCAGCACCCAGGAACAGGCAGAUACAUCUCUGUGAGUUUGAGGCCAACCUGGUCUACGUAGUAAUUUCCAGGCACUCAAAGCUACCUAGUGAGAUCCUGUCUAAAAACAAAACCAUAUCAGAUGUUUACUGGAGUGAAUCUAGGGGUGUUUCUCGAAACACUCAGCCCUGUGGAAGCCCAUGACUUCGCUGCAGCCUCACUUUUGCUGUACCGCAGGAGGUCAUUCCAUCUUCACCAGUGCGUACCGCCUGAAACACCUUAAACUUGGAGUCAGAGACACCAUGGUUUCCUUCUGGCAAACCAAGGCUUCUAAAGUGCUGUGCUCUCAGGCCUCACCGUGCAUCAGAUUGGCAUGACUGUGGAUUGCGUUGUAUUAGAAUGUCUGAUUUUUUUAAAUUAUUGACUUUAUUUUCGUUAAAAAAAAAUUAUUCAGCUCUGUUCUUCCUGGUCCCAGCUUCUCUCUGCCUGUCUCCCUGGGGGCAAUCCUCCUUCUCUCUCUCUUCCCUCCCCCUUUCUACAAUAAAUCUUAUA